CAUGGGGCAAAAGUAUCUCAAGCCUUCAUACAUUCACCUUUUCAGCUUUCAUUUGUGUUUUCUCGAUGGGAAAACCUUCCACUCAGCAAUGCGCAUUUUUGCGCUAUGGUGUUCCCUUGUUGCUUGUGAUCACCUUUUGUUAUGCUACUUCUGCUGCAGCAACAACUGAAGUUUCAGGGAACACACUGAGCACAAAUGGGAAGCUGGUAAAUGAAGAGCUGACAAAGACAAACCUAAAUGGACAUGAUGAAGAAGAAAAAUUCAAAGGACUUUUUCAUCAUAAACCAUUUUUCAAGAAACCAUUUCCAAUUAUUAAGCCAGUACCAAAACCAUAUCCCAUUGUUAAGCCAAUUCCAAAACCAAUUCCUGUUGUUAAGCCAAUUCCCAUUGUAAAACCAAUUCCCAUUGUUAAGCCAAUUCCAAAACCAAUUCCCGUUGUUAAGCCAAUUCCAAAACCAAUUCCUGUUGUUAAGCCUAUUCCAAUUCCAGUGUAUAAGCCUGUACCAAAGCCUGUUCCCAUUGUUAAGCCUAUUCCUAUUCCUGUAUACAAACAUGUUCCCAUUUAUAAGCCAAUUCCUGUUUUCAAGCCAGUACCAAAACCAGUUCCUAUCAUCAAACCUGUGCCAAAACCUAUUCCAUUUGUUAAACCUAUUCCUAAACUUCCACUUCACCCCAAAUUUGAGAAACCACAUCUACCACAUUUCCCACUUCAUCAUCACAAGCCAAUCAUUCAUAAGCCAAUUCCAACUCCAUAAGAUUAUUGUUUAGAAUAUUUCUACAUAUUCUAUAAACUAUGAUCACUACUGGAACGUUAUCCAUUGUAUUUACAGUAUAGCUACGCCUGUUCUAAGACAAAGCUGGCGUUUCUAUAAUCCUAUAUAUCGUACUCAACUUCUGCAUUGUAUUAGAAUAUUUUGCUCAAUAAUGUUCUCUCUCAGCUUUGCCAUUGUAAAUCAAUUCUACGUAUUAAUUAUUCCAAGAAUGGAAAUUAUUCUCUAUUUUCGGUUUAAAUACUAUUAAUAUUUGUUUUUUUU